AUGACCAGUGGGACACGAGAGCAUUUGGAACUAGAUGGUGGCCUCGUCUCUUGCUUUCCCGCGAGCGUCCGGCCUGUGCCGAAGGGGCGUGAGCAGUUGGGCGCGGUUACCAGAGCCUCCACAGAACCUGGGCCCUUUCCUGGGAUUGUGGAUAUUUUUGGAGCUGGAGGUGGCCUUCUAGAGUAUCGAGCUAGUCUGCUGGCUGGAAAGGGUUUUGCUGUGAUGGCUCUGGCUUAUUAUAAGUAUGAAGACCUCCCCAAGACCAUUGAGACCCUCCACCUGGAGUACUUCGAAGAAGCUCUGAACUACCUGCUCAAUCACCCUGAGGUAAAGGGUCCAGGAGUUGGGCUGCUUGGAAUUUCCAAAGGGGGUGAUCUCUGCCUCUCCAUGGCCUCUUUCCUGAAGGGCAUCACAGCUGCUGUCAUAAUCAAUGGCUCUGUGGCGAAUGUUGGAGGAACCUUACACUACAAGGGUGAGACCCUGCCCCCUUUAGGCAUCAACAGAAAUCGAGUCAAAGUGACCAAAGAUGGCUUUUUAGACAUUGUGGACCUCCUAAACAGCCCUUUGGAAGGACCUGACCAGAAAAGCUUCAUUCCUAUAGAGAGGGCAGAGAGCACCUUCCUGUUCCUUGUAGGUCAGGAUGACCACAACUGGAAGAGUGAGUUCUAUGCUAAUGAGGCCUCUAAACACUUACAGGCCAAUGGGAGGAAAAAGCCCCAGAUCAUCUGUUAUCCAGGGGUGGGGCACUAUAUUGAGCCGCCUUACUUCCCCUUGUGCCAGGCUUCCCUGCACACCUUGGCGGACAGUCUCGUCAUCUGGGGAGGGGAGCCCAGGGCUCAUGCCAUGGCCCAGGUGGAUGCUUGGAAGCAACUCCAGACUUUCUUCCACAAAUACUUGGGUGGUGAAGAGGGGACAACACCAGCAAAACUGUAAUUUUUAUUUGAUAGUGUGGCAUCUCUGACGCUCCCCCUGGGAACACCAGCCACAAUUAGUGUGUGUAUGUGCAUUCCUUUUUUCUUUUUAAUAAAUACUUAGGGUUUUUCCCCCCUUGCUGUUAAAAUGAACUUACCGGUAAGAA